CACAGCCCACACCAUUACCGACCUUACAUGAUUACUACAUCUGAAUUUGGCACGCCGUUAACACAUCGGUUCACAUUAGUCAAAUCCCUCUUACCAUACGCCCAAAUUGGCGUUAACGAUGAAAUUUUCGUCGACGCGCUUACAGUUGGGCGGUGGAACCCACAACAUCCCCACAUUUUUUGGUUACUAUUCAAGCCAAAAUCUUCAACUGGCACCGAACAUCUACUAAAACCUUUUUCUUCAAGUAGAUAUUUUAUUUUCCUCCCAAAAGAAACUAACAAAAAAAGAAAGAAAAAAAAAAUCUUCCAGAUCCAAUUGAGAAAAAUCAGCGAGAGCAUAGAAGUAAACAAGUUCGGCCGGUAAGCUUUAGAAUUUUGUGUGAAUGGAGAUGAGAACGACGCCGUUGCGUUUCGCACUGGGGAAGCAGUCGUCUCUGGCACCGGCCCGGGGCUCGGACCGCCGCAACAAGCCGGAGGUGGACUCCGGCGGGGAGGUGAAUCCCGGGGUGCGGCUGAUGUACUUGGCCAACGAAGCUGACCUUGACGGCAUACGCGAGCUCUUGGAUUCCGGCAUCGACGUCAAUUUCCGCGACAUCGAUAAUCGGACGGCUCUGCAUAUCGCUGCGUGCCAGGGCUUGACCGACGUCGUUGCGUUGCUGCUGCAGCGUGGUGCUGAGGUUGAUCCUAAGGACCGCUGGGGAAGCACUCCUCUUGCAGAUGCUAUAUACUAUAAAAACCAAGACGUGAUCAAGCUUUUGGAGAAACAUGGCGCUAAGCAUGUGCCGGCGCCUAUGCACGUCAGACAUGCCCGUGAAGUCCCCGAAUAUGAAAUUGAUCCAAAAGAACUUGAUUUCACCAACAGCGUUGAAAUUGAUAAGGGGACCUUCCGCAUAGCAUCAUGGCGUGGAACAGAAGUUGCUGUCAAAAAGCUAGGGGAUGAAGUGCUUGUUGAUGAGGAUAAAGUGAAGGCAUUUAGAGAUGAACUUGCAUUGCUUCAGAAGAUACGGCAUCCAAAUGUAGUCCAAUUUCUUGGUGCUGUGACUCAAAGUAGUCCAAUGAUGAUUGUGACUGAAUAUUUGCCCAAGGGUGAUCUUCGUGUAUUCUUGAAAAGAAAAGGGGCUUUAAAACCAACAACUGCUGUCAGAUUUGCACUUGAUAUUGCAAGGGGAAUGAGUUAUUUGCAUGAGAAUAAGCCGGUUCCAAUAAUUCACCGUGAUCUCGAGCCUCCAAAUAUAUUGCGGGACGAUUCUGGGCACCUAAAAGUUGCAGACUUUGGAGUUAGCAAGUUGUUGACGGUUAAAGAAGAUAAGCCUCUGAAUUGUCUAGAAACUUCUUGCCGAUAUGUUGCCCCGGAGGUUUUUAAACAUGAAGAAUAUGACACAAAAGUGGAUGUAUUCUCAUUUGCUUUGAUUCUGCAAGAGAUGAUUGAAGGCUAUCCACCCUUUUGUACUAAGCAAGAAACUGAAGUUCCUAAAGCAUACGCUGCAAGAGAUCGCCCACCUUUUAGAGCUCCAGCUAAGCGCUAUACGCAUGGGCUAAGAGAUUUGAUUGAGGAGUGCUGGAAUGAGAACCCAGCCAAGAGACCAACAUUUAGGCAGAUAAUAACAAAGCUGGAGAUCAUCCACAACAGUCUCAGUCAUAAGAGGCGUUGGAAGGUUAGACCAUUGAAAUGCUUUCAAAAUAUAGAAGCUAUGUUGAGGAAAGAUCGUUCCAAUCCAAGCAGCCGCAGUGGCUCAUCUCGAUCUUCUCGCAGCAGCAUAUAGAAAGAGGUUUUUUUUUUUUUUUUUUUUUUUUUUUUUUCCAUGAUAGUAGCACAGUUAUCUUGUUUGUGUAGUCUCACUAAUAUCUUAUUCUUAUGUGUAAAGCCACACUUUGUCAAUAAUUCCCAAUUCUCCAUUUUUUUUUUUUUUUUUUUUUUUUUGCUUUCAGUACUUGCCCUUUAAUUUUCGGGGCAGAGAACCACAUUUAAUGUACAUUAAGUGCAAAAUGUGUAAUACUAAUCUUUGUUUUUAUAAAUUUAUGCUCCUAUUUUCUCUGUAUG